AUGACGAUCUUCAACGCAUUGUUAGCAAUCCUCGCCUGCUUCAGCCUACCGACCGACGCCCUUCAGCACAACGCAGUGUACAAAUCGAUUAAUUCAGCAGGACCGGAGUGUCGCACAAUUCUCACCAGACAAUCCCCGCUGGACUGUCGGCUGCGUUGCUUGUCCAUAAACACCGGGGAUUGGGAUGACUGCAGUGGAGUUCCCCGCACCUACGAUCGCUUCUACGUUCAGGAUCCGACCGAUGUGGGCUACCAGCAGCGUACCCAGCAGUGCAUCGCCAAUGUAUCGGUUUCGAUUCUCCGGGGCGAUAUUUGCGCCUUUUCCGCCCGGUCAACCGAAUGCUACGAUGCCAACUACUACGACAUAGUGCUGGAUCAGUUGGUUUUCGUGCCGUCCAAGUCGCUUCAGUACCAGCAAACGAUUAGGGAUUGCGCCGGAAUGUUGGGUUUCACGGAGCAUGUAAUAAGUGAUGUUUUGCGAGAUGAUUGCUUUGCACUUCAAGAGACCAGAUGUCUGUUGCGAUGUCUUCUAGUUCGAGAGGGACUGUACGGUGACCAGUGUGGAGCUCAAAUAGAUCGCUUGUAUGUGGUUACGGGCGGAUUUGAUCAGCUCUUCAGACGAGAUGUGAAGAAGUGUACGGGACGGUUGAGGGCUAUGGGGCUGGACAAGUGUACCGAGGCAUAUCGUGUUGCGAGCGAGUGUUUUCCGGAAGACAAAGCAAUCUUACCAAUUUUCCUCAAAAAUAAGGCCAUUCUACAGGAAAUUUAA